GACCACAAGUUCGACCUGAUGUAUGCCAAGAGGGCGUUCGUGCACUGGUACGUGGGCGAGGGCAUGGAGGAGGGCGAGUUCUCCGAGGCCCGUGAGGAUCUGGCUGCCCUGGAGAAGGACUAUGAAGAGGUGGCCAUUGACAGUCUCCUGGAGGGCGAGGAGGAAGGCGGAGAUGAGAUGUAAAGAGGCGGAGUGAGAAGACGGAAGUAAACGUAAAAAAGAAGGAGAAUAAUAAUGAAAUAAAAGUAUAAAAAAAGCGAAUUCGAGGAAGAAAUCGGUGGAUUGCACUGUUCUUCCCUCCUCCCCCCCUUAUGCAUUUGAUUUUUUUUUCUUAGAUAUCAUUACGCUUUAUUUAUCCUUAUCUUAUCUUUCAAUUACAUGAAUCUCUUGCGUAAGUUAAUGAAAUCGAACUAUUAUAUUUAUGGCUGCUGUUAUCACUCCUCUACACAAAAUAAUAUAUGUAUGAAUGUAUCUUUAUAAGUCUCACCCAACUUUUCUAAAUUAUAAUGGCAUCCUUUAUUAUUUUUUAUCACUUUUAAUCGGAUCCCUAUGUGGGGGGAGGGGAGAAUGAUAAAUAAGAAAAAAAAGUGAAAAAAAUCAAGAAUUGUGAAAUAAAAAAGGAACCAGCUUUGCGCAUGCCACUUACAACGACCGUCUUUUUAAAAAAAUGGAGUAUUCUCUCUCCUCAUUUUUUUUUCUCCUCGUGUCCUUUCUCUCUCCUCUAUAGUAAAAACAAAAAAACGAAAAAUGACAUUAAGAGAUUAAAAAGUCCGACAAGCGACACAGUAAAACUAUUUAGAUGAUAUCAAAAUACAGCUUACGGUAUAAGCUCCUCCCCCUCCGACAGUGUUUUGUUUUCGGAUCUUUGUGUGUGUGUUGUUUUUAAAAAUGAUCUUGGUUUUAAUUUGUCAAUUACUACGUUCUAAUCUGUCUAUCCAAACAAUGCUUAGAUCGAUGUUUUGCUACUUUUUGUAAAAGUGAAAAGGGAAAAGGCUCACCAACAAACGCCAAUAAAUGCACUAAAGCACGAA